UAAUGGCACAUGCACCUGUAAGUUUGCGAAAUGAGAAAGUGGUUUAAAGAAUCCUCUCUUUCCAGUUUCCGACAUUCCUCUCUUCUUUCUUACUCACUACAGACUGAAAAAUAAUAAAAGAAAAUCAAUCCUUUUUUCUUCUUCCCCAACCUUAAUCUUUUGUAUCUUUGAUACUGUCCAUUCUUUGAAUUUCUUCUUCUCAAUCAACCCUUAAUAUCAAAAUGCGUUACCAAUUCGUUUCCGCCGCCAUCUUGGCCUCCAUCUCCUCCGUCUUUGCCCAAACUCCUGGCUUUGACGCUAUCUCAGUUCCAACCAACGGUCAAGUUGUCAGUGUUGGAGGGGUUUUGGAUAUCACUUGGGCUCCCAACUCCGUCGCCGGAACUGUUACCAUCAAGCUCUUGGAGGGUUCUUCCCCUGCUACCUUGAACUACGACCCUGUUGUCAUUGCCACCUCCGUCAACAACUUGGAUGGAUCAUACAAGUGGACCGUCCCAGCUUCCGUUGGUAGCUUCGCAACCUACGGUAUUGCCAUCUUCCUCGAUUCCGAUGUCAACACCUUCCAAUGGUCAUUCCCAUUCGUCAUCAAAGCCGCUGCUUCCUCCUCUUCCUCCGUCAUCGUUUCAACCACCGCCUCAUCAUCUGUUGUCGCUCCUACCUCCGCCGUCGUAACCUCUGUCGUUGCCUCUGCUACCACCGAGCCACACGCUGCCUUGUCCUCCUCCACCAGCUCUGUCUUCUCUAGCAUCUCUGGUAUCCCAGGUGGAUGCAACCCAGCUCACCCAGGAUCCUGCCCAAGCUCCUACUUCAGCACCGUCACCACCGCUACCGCCACUCCAGCUCCAGUUCCAACCGCUGCCCCAGCCACCAACGGAACCGCUACAAACGGAACCUGGACUGCUCCUUCCGGAUCCAACGUCACCUUGAGCUCCGGUGCUUCUGCUACCAAGACCGGUUCCGGUGGUGUUGUUGUCGCUACUGGCGCUGCUUCAGCAAAGGUUGCUACUGGAUCUUUCGCUUUGUUGGGUGGUCUCUUUGCUGCUUUCAUGUUGUAAAUCAUUUCUCUUCGUACCGUUAAGAUUUGAGAUAUAAUAGAUAAUACCGUGGUAGAUAUAUAUCAGCAUACAUUGGUGGAUAUAAUCAUUUGCAUUGGCAUUAUAAGAAUACAAAGAACAUUCACAACGCAUUACGCGGCGCUAGACAGCAACACAUUUCGUUGAGUUUGGUUUGGGUGCGGAUUUAAAGCUUCUGGUUCCAUAGGAUUAUAGGGUCAACAAAUGUUAUGAUAAACUUCUUUUACAUACCCAUCACAAGUUUGAAGAAUACCCCGUGUUAUUUGGUUAAUGAUGGAUGGGUUUUGAGGGGAAUUGUUGCAGUGGUUUGGCUUUUAGAAUGAUGAAUGAAGUCAGCAUUUUUGAUCUUUAU